AUGUCUCUAUUACAAAAUUCAUUCUUAGAAGUGCCUUUGAAAAACGCUUUGGUGUUAUACAAUAAUGAAGUUGUGCCAAGAUUAACAAAGAAGAAUAAGAUGAUUUCUAUCAGUGUCUCUGUUGCAUUAUCUCUCAUUUAUUUGAUCAGCGAGAAAGUAUUGAAGCCUCCAAAAAAUCUUCGACAUAUCCCUUAUAUCAGUUACUUUGAUUCUAUAAAGUCCGUAUUGAGAAAAGAAUCUGCUUCUGAUCGUUCUGACAGGGUGUUUCUUCCGGAAAUUGAUAAAAAAAACCAUAGUAUUUUUAUGGAACAAGAAAGACUUGGGUGGAUUGUGCAUGUGUCAAAUCCAAAAGAUGCUAAACGUAUAUUUCUAAAAAUCGAUAAAUUCCCAAAGAUCCAAACCAAAGACGAACACAAGGAAACUUUGAAUGCCAAAUUUACUGGAGGACCUAAUAUUGUGAUGUUAAACGGUCCGGAAUGGAAAAAACACAGAAUGGUAGCCAAUCCAGCCUUCCAUCGUUCUAUGCCUGUGAAAAUGUUUGGUAAAUUAACUCAAGAUAUGAUCAACGUAAUUGACAGUAUGGGAGAAACUGUUGAUAUAUCUAAUUUAUUACAUCGAUGGACCCUGGAAGCUAUUGGAAAAGCCGGAUUUGAUUUCGAAUUUAAUGCUAUUAAAGAACAAAAUAAUGAAUGGAUGAUCAGAUACACCAAAAUUAAUCAAGGCCUUCGUGAUCCUAAGUUUAUCUUCUUUCCACUUCUUGACACAACACUUCGUUGGCUGUUCCCUGAGCGUGUCAAAGUACACAAUGAGAUGGACAUCUUCUUAGAUAUGCUUGAUGAUGUUAUUUUAAAAAAGAAAGAAGCAAUCAAGAAUGGUCAACAAAACAAAGUUCUGGAAGAAAACGAAAAGGAUUUACUCACCCUUAUGAUCGAAAGUGAGGAAUCGGGAUCUGGUUUAAGCAAUGAAGAGCUCAAGAGUACUUUGUGUAUAUUUUUUUUGGCUGGUCAUGAUACCACAGCAGGUGCUUUGUCAUUUGCAGUCCAUUAUUUAGCUCAAAAUCAGGACGUUCAACAAAAAGCAAGAGAAGAAGCCAUUCGAAUCUUAGGCGAUGAUAAGUGUGAUAUUUUACCUACUGUUGAGCAAACCAAGGAAAUGAUUUACAUCAAUCAGGUUAUCAAAGAAACACUUCGUAUGAGUGGACCCGCUACUCGUGUUCUUCCUCGUAUUUCUGUUGAAGAUACUGAGCUUUCAGGAGUAUUUAUUCCCAAGGGAACGCAUUUAACAGUCAACAUUUAUGGCAUCCAGCAUUCGGAGAAGGUUUGGAAGGACGGCAGUAAAUUUAAUCCUGACAGAUUUGCAGAUGAUGGCGAGGCAUCUCAAGUAGAAAGUAUGGCUUGGACUCCCUUUGGAAAUGGAGCAAGACAAUGCAUUGGCAUGAACUUCAGUCUUAGUGAGCAGCGCGUUAUGCUUGCUAUGUUGUUGCGUAAAUAUACUUGGAAAACACCCGAGAAUUCCAUUCAUAAAGACGGUCCAAAAACGUUUGGUCUUGGUAUUCUUAGUCCUCACAAGUUGGAUAUUAACUUCCAAAAGAGAUAUUGA